AUGCCGACUGGAGAUAAUGCACCGGGGUGGGGGGGGGACCGCGACCGGGGCAUCACAUGGCCGCGUUUCGGCACGUUCCCCCACGCGACCUCCACCAGCCGUGGAGCAAAUCCAUCUUUCCCUCCCCACCACGCCGCCAGGCAUCACCCCACGGGCCCCCGCGUCGCCGGCAGCCUCCGUCCUUGCUCUCCGACACCCCAAAUCCCUUGGGGAUCGGCUGAAGGCCGGCGAUCCGGCAUCCUCCUGGCCCCAGAAACCCAGCCAGAGAGACCAGAUUUAGGGAUUUUGCUGAGAUUUGGGCGAUGCCGGGUUUGCCGUCGGAGCUCACCGGGCCAGCCACGUGCGGAGGAAGUAUUCGGUUACCGGCUCGGCAUGAGCGCACACUUGGGUUUCAGUGCCGGCCCUUGUUUACAGCCUGGUUUUGGGGCCGGAGCAGCGAAAGAAGCAGGACUGGCGUCACGGCUCAGCACGGUUGGGCGGCAGCGGACUGUUUUCCAAAUGAGUCUCCGGGAACCGCUCUCAGGCCAGCGACCCAAGGACAGUUGCCGGGCCAGCUUUCGCAGCCAGGACGUGACCUUCCCGGCUCCUCCGUCCGGCUCCGACCCCGUCCAGGACCCAGACGUGCCGCAGGCCAUCGGUUACACCCGGUUACACCGCCACCCACAGCCUGAGAACAGGCAACUCAUUACACCGAAUGAGGGACUCCUUCUAGGACAGCUCUGGGGGUCCACGGCCACCCAGCACCCCCGGCUCUUUCCUGCUCGUGUCAGGCUGAGCUCGCUUUGCUGCAACAGCUUCACCCGGGAGGGUGUUAUUUCCAAACCCAAGAAUGGAAAAUGACUUGAAGCAGCAUCAAAAUUGAGUAUUUAAUGGUUUUUUUCCCCACCGAAAGGGGCUCGGAGCUGCCCCAUCCCCUGUGGGGCUGCACUGGAUGCUCAGAUCCCUGCAAAAAUCCCACCGGGAUGCUGCGUGCCCCAGCACACGAGCUGGGAGAAGCGGUUAGAAACCAUCUUCUCCCUCUGCCAUGCGAGAAACGCCCGGGUGAUGGCAGGAAAUAUUUUCUUUCUGCAGUUUUAAUGUUUUCGGAUGGCUGCUCUCAGGGCCAGCAGCCCCAGGGGCAGCUCAGCCUCUGGCACCGCCGAAGCUUUCCAGGCUUUGGCAGCAGCCUGGUACAGCAAAGCCACAGCUAUUGACUUUUUUUUUUUUUUCAACCAGAACAUUAUAAUAAUAAUAAAAGAAAUCCUAAAACAAGAGUGUUGGGAGCCAGGUGGCCGCCUCCACGCACUUCCCCGGCUAUCGGGUGAUCUGGAAGGAAAGGACGCGGCGCCCUUAUCGGCACAUACACACAUUCCCCUGCCCGCUUGGCAGCGGAGCCGUCCAGAGGUUUGCGGCGUAAACAUAUUUUGCUCAAGCGGGCAGCCGGGGGUUGAGCUAAGGAUAGCUGGCUUGGUAAGAACCAGAGAACCCCCCAAAAAUCCCAUUUUUGCAGCAAAUCCCCAUCUGUGCAUGCAGGGAAAGGGCUGAUCCAGGAGCGAGCAACCAGCUGAGCUUUGUGGCAAUAAACACAGGACCAAGAGCAAUAGCCCCCCCCCCCCCCCCCCGCCUUAAAUCUGCUCUCCUGGUGUUUACUAGCUCUUUGCAAGCAGAUUGACUUUCCCUCAUUUUUUCACAUACAAAACCGACGGGAAAGCGGAGCGAACCGGCUUGGGGCCCCCCAGGACCGUUUAGUGGAGCCCCGGCCACCUCCAACCGGCUGGGACCCCCCCGGGCUAUCGCUGUCUCCAUCGCAGUGCCGGGAUACGGUGGCAUUUACACAGCUGCUUAACAGAAAAAUCCCUCUCCCUGCUUCACAUAAAUCCUUGCAUUUAAAAGUAAUUGGGUGCAGGCUUGCUAACGAGGUUGGUAAAUGGGGAGGGGGUUUAAUUGCAAGCUCCUGGUGAUGUAUGGGUGUCUCUGCAAGCUGGCUCGGAGCCUUUCUUGCCUCCAAACUGGGUUUGGCUCAAGGUUCUUUUUCUGAAACCAGCUUAAAACUGCUGCUUCUUGCAGGGGUGGGGGGAAAAGGGGAAGAAAAAAGGAGCACGAGCCCGUUUCU